AUGUGGAGUCUAACACAUCUAAUUUGGAUAUACCAGGAAGAGUCGGAGACUCGAAGUUUUGCUUCAUCGGUAACCCCCACAUCUCCUGCAGAAACCAUAUCAUUGAAAGAGAAGGAAAAAAAUGAAUUCCUGGAUUCAAAGCAUAGAGAAACAGUUAGAAAAGAGAUAAUCGAAAAUAUCAAGAAGUCUCGGGAUCAAGAGUUACUCUCAACUCCCGAGAAUACUAUCCCUAAGAUUUCCAUAUCACCGAAUAAGAAUGUUCCCAUAUCCGAAGCAGAGAA